AUGAAAAUGAAUUACCGUAAAUGUAUUCCGUUUAUUCCUCUUUUGUUUUCACUAUGUUUGUGCGACGUAAUAGUUGGGAAAAGGGAAAAACUACUGUACGAUUUUACCCGUUUUGCCAACAAUAGUAACCGUGAGAGUUUUGCAAGUACUUUACAACAAUGGGAGGCAAAUUACGAACUGGGAAUGCAAUUAGGGCAGGAAGCCUUAAGGCAUAUAGAAGCCAAGUAUCCACAUCCAAGAAAACAAGAAAUCGUGCGGAUAGUGUCUUUGGAGAAGCAAAUUGUCGCUGGCAUUCAUUAUAGAAUGAAGGUUGAGGUUGGUUUUACAAACUGUGCAGCUUUAAGCGAACAAACAGAAUGCAAACUGGAAGAUUAUCCUGGUUCUAGCAAGUUAUGUCGUGUUAAUGUUUGGAUUCGACCGUGGACUGAAGAUCCCGCUAACUUCAGAGUUUCGUGCGAUGUUCCAUUAGAGGAUACCGCUGAUUUGAGUCACCAUAUCCAAGCUGAACAAUUAUUUUCCUAUUUCCUAAAUAAAUACAAUCCGAGCUAUGGAACCAAUCCCACUGAAAUGGCACAGAGGUUUGUAAUAUUCAGAGAAAAUAUUAAGAAAAUUCAUGAAUUCAAUGUGCAAGAAAAAGGAACUGCUAAAUAUGGCGUUACACGCUUCGCUGAUCUGACUUAUGAAGAGUUCAGAUCUCGUCAUUUGGGAUUGAAGACUAACUUGAAAAAUGAAAACUUGAUACCUAUUCCGAAAGCUGUUAUUCCGAAUGUUGAACUGCCUGACAGUUUCGAUUGGAGAAAUUCUGGUGCUGUGACUGAAGUGAAAGAUCAAGGAUCAUGUGGUAGUUGUUGGGCAUUUAGCGUUACAGGCAACGUUGAGGGACAAUGGAAAAUUAAAACUGGCAACUUGGUAUCCUUAUCGGAGCAGGAAUUGGUAGACUGUGACAAAAUGGACGAAGGUUGUAACGGUGGUCUACCUGAUACCGCAUAUAGAGCGAUCGAGCAAUUGGGAGGUCUGGAGCCGGAGAAUGACUACCCUUAUGAGGGCGAAGACGAUAAGUGUGCAUUUAACAAAACCAUGGCUAAGGUGACCAUCAGUGGAGCCGUCAACAUUACCUCCAACGAAACUGGUAUGGCGCAAUGGCUUGUGCAGAAUGGACCCAUCUCUAUCGGUAUAAACGCAAACGCCAUGCAGUUUUACAUGGGAGGAAUCUCUCACCCUUGGAAGGUACUUUGCGAUCCCAGCAAUUUGGACCACGGCGUGCUCAUUGUAGGAUAUGGUGCUAAAGACUACCCGCUGUUCAAGAAACAUCUCCCUUACUGGACAAUAAAGAACUCAUGGAGCACCUCCUGGGGUGAACAGGGUUACUAUCGAGUGUAUCGUGGAGACGGUACCUGCGGAGUUAACCAGAUGGCAAGCAGUGCUGUUAUAUAG